UAAACCACGUGGGCGCUCCAGCAGCAUACCGGAAGUAAGCAAACUGUGCCUCUGCUGCCAAGAUGUCUGCGCCCGAUGAAGACACGUUUGCCGAGGAAAGAGACGAGAUGGAGGAGAUGGACGAGGCAGGCAGCGACGACGACGAAGGAGUGGACAUGGAGGAGGAAGGAGCGGACGGAGAGGGGGAGAAGAAAGUGUACGUGCCCGGGAUUGAGCCGCUUCAGCCCGGAGAGGAGCUGGAGAUGGACCGCUCCGCGUACCGCAUGUACCACGAGUGCCAAACAGGAGCUCCAUGUUUGAGCUUUGACAUCCUGAGAGAUGGAGAUGGAGACGGCAGGGAGCAGUUCCCUCUGUCCAUGCUGGUCUGUGCGGGCACACAGGCGGACACAGCUCUGAGCAACAGACUUCUCGUCAUGCGCAUGCACAACCUUCACGGGACAGAGAAAGAAAAAGAGGAAGAAGAAAGCAGCGAUGAAGAAAGUGAUGACGAUGAGGAUGACGAAGAUAAAAAGCCACAGAUGGAGCUGGCCAUGAUGCCUCACUAUGGAGGGAUUAACCGCGUCAGAGUGACUCGGCGUGGAGAGCAGUCAUUGGCUGCUGUCUGGUCUGAGAAAGGACAGGUAGAAAUAUUUGACCUCCAACCUCAGCUGGAAGCCGUGCACAGUGCUGCUGCUAUGGCAACUUUUGUCAAGCAGCAGAAAGAAGCCACGGCUCUCUUCAGCUUCUCAGGUCACAUGACUGAAGGCUUCGCAGUUGAUUGGUCUCCUACAGUACCUGGUCGUCUUGUCAGUGGAGACUGCAAAAAGAAUAUCCAUGUUUGGGAGCCACGAGAGGGAGGGACCUCAUGGCAGAUUGACCAACGGCCUUUCAGCUCCCACACCAAGUCUGUGGAGGAUCUGCAGUGGUCACCCACUGAAGCCACGGUUUUUGCAUCUUGUUCCGUGGAUCAGUCUAUUCGGAUCUGGGAUAUCCGCUCCCCGCCCAAUUCAAUGCUCUCAGCCAACGAAGCUCACUCAUCGGACAUCAACGUGAUCAGCUGGAACAGGAGCGAACCAUUCAUCCUGUCAGGAGGGGAUGAUGGGCUUCUGAAAGUAUGGGAUCUGCGACAGUUUAAGACUGGCCGGCCUGUGGCCAACUUCAAGCAGCACAGCGCUCCCAUCACAUCUGUGGAGUGGAGCCCCGUGGACUCGAGCGUGUUUGCCGCCUCGGGAGCGGAUGACGUCGUCAGCCAGUGGGAUCUGUCCGUGGAGUCGUGCGACGUGGGCGCCAGGGUUGGGGGGGUGAAGGACUUGCCCCCUCAGCUACUGUUCCUGCACCAGGGUCAGUCGGAGAUCAAGGAGAUCCACUGGCACCCGCAGAUACCUGGUGUGAUGAUCUCCACGGCUCUGUCAGGAUUCAACGUGUUCAGAACAAUAUCCGUGUAGUGUUUGAGAGCGUGUGUGUAUGUACAGUGUGUGUGUGUGUGAGGGAGAAACGGAUGAUUUUUGCAUUUACACAAGUAGUACACAUUUAAUGUGUAAAGAGCAGUAAACCCUAUUGUGUUUAAUAAUGUACAUAACUCAGCUGUGUAGGUAAUGUUCUUUUUUGGACAUUUAUUGGCCAACAUAGGCGCCAUACGGUCUCAUCUGUAUGUUUUACAGAUGUGUGAACUAUUUUAGGCAUUCUCUGGUGCAUGCUUAAAAAUAAAGUGUUUAAAACUA